UCCAUCAUGGCCGGCGAAUCACUCGAUGUAGGCUAUCUGGCAAUACCCGCCGUGUCCGCGCUUAUAAUCUUCCUUUCCUAUACAUCUCAGUUCCUGUUCCUAUUUCUCGAACCGAGCCCACUUUCUCCAGCCGAAAUAUUCAAGUUCAAUGCUCUAGUAGCUUGUAUAUGGAUUUGUUAUUAUCGUGCUUGUACUGUUGAUCCUGGUCGUGUGCCAAAUGAAUGGACUCCGAAGGGUCAGAAUAUUUCUUUAGAUGAUAAUGGAGAUUAUAGAAAUGAUGGGAAGUGUGCCGCUUUUAAGCCGCCGAGAGCGCAUCAUUGCAAGAUAUGUCAACGAUGCAUACCAAAAAUGGACCAUCACUGUCCCUGGACACGCAACUGCGUCUCUCACUUCACACUCCCGCAUUUUGUACGCUUCUUAGUCUAUGCUGUUGCAUCAAUGGCUUAUCUUGAAUCAUUCAUCUUCACUCGAGUCGGCAUAAUCUGGGCGAAUAGAGAUAUGCCUAGUUAUCUCGGCCCCAGCAUCCCAGCGCUCUGCCACUUAUUCAUCUUACUAGUCGUAAACAGUCUGACCUUAUUCGCUCUUUUCGUGCUGCUAGUCCGCACACUUUGGUCAAUAGGCGGCAACGUCACCACCAUCGAAUCCUGGGAAAUCGAGCGUCACAAGACUCUACUUCGGCGCGCGAGGUAUUUUGGCGGGUAUUUGGAUGGACCUGAUGGGAUCAAAGUCCGGAUUCGGAAGCAGGAGUUUCCGUAUGAUGUGGGUAUUUGGACUAAUUUUCGAGCUGGGAUGGGUGGGAGUUGGAAUGUUUUAAGCUGGUUCUGGCCAUUUGCAAGGACACCGGAUCGAGCAUCUGGUCUUGAAUUUGAAGUCAAUGAAUUUGAGGAUCUAAAUCUAUCCUGGCCACCACCAGACCCGGAUCGCAUACCGCGGAAAUCACGGCCAAUAUUAACAUCAGCAGAUCCAUUCACCAUCCCACAUUAUGAUUCCGCCGCUGAUGAAAUGGCCGCGUUCAGACGCCGGCAAGAAGAAGAUAUUGCUCGACGAGCGGGGAUCAACGAUGGUAUCGUCAGACGGAGGAGAAAGUUCCAUGAACGAUACAAUAAGACCAACAAAUCAGCACAAGAAAAUGAGUCGGAUGAAGAGAUUGUGCAGGAUUCGGAAGGGGAUGAAGUUGAGGAAGAAGGACAGCAAUCUAGUUCUGAGGUCAAUGAUCGUGUCGAUUUUGAUGAGGGGGAGGAAGCGUGGCGGAAUGCGGAAGGGGAGAGAUUGGAUGAUUUUGGGGUUGAUGAGGACGUGGAGUUUUACGAUGAGGAAGAUGUGCCGUUGUCUAUUCUUAAGGAGAGGAUAAAAGCUGGAUUAUAGAUUAGUGGUCUAUAAAAAUAGGUCUAAGGAUAAGAUCUCAAGAAUAGAUAAAUGAG